GGCUGCGGCGGCGGCUGUGGAGGCAGCGGCGGCGGCGGCGGGGGCGGGCGCGGGAGCGAGUCCGCGGCCGGGAGCGGGAAUGUCGAGGAGUUCGAAGGCAGUGCUGGGCCUCUCGGUGCUGCUGACGGCGGCCACCGUGGCCGGCGUGCAUCUGAAGCAGCGGCAGGACCGGCAGAGGCUUCGUGACGGAGUGAUCAGAGACAUUGAGAGGCAGAAUCAGAAAAAAGAAAACAUUCGUCUUCUGGGAGAACAGAUUAUUUUGACUAAGCAUCUUGAAGCAGAAAGAGAGAAGAUGCUGGAGAAAGGAUCUCAAAAUACCUGACUUUCAGAAGCUGGGG